AUCAGACCAAUCAGACCAUCAGACGUGACCUGCUGCUCUGCAGACACUGGGCGGUGAUGGUGUGUCUCUGACUGGAUGAAACGGCUCGGUUGUCCAUCCAUCGCUGCGACAGCCAGAGGAGAGAUCUGAUGAGAGGAGAGCAGAGGGAGGAGAGACUAGACGACCUAUGAUGGCCAGCGCCGCUGACAGUGUAGGCAGUCUGGGGGCUGAGCAGAACCACCUGAGCGUCCCGGUCUCGGAUCAUGAAGCCUGGGCCACGGCCAUGAACAACCUGGGCAUUGUGCCGGUGGGAAUCAGCGGGCAGCAGCUGGUUUCAGAGUCUCUGUGCAUCCAGAGGUUCGAGCCCGGCCUCGGUCUCCUUGCUCCCAUCAACCCUAUGAUGGCCGGAAUCAGCCUGGUCCCGCCCCCUCCUGUUCCCCCCGACAUGCCCGUCAUUAAGGAGAUCAUCCACUGCAAGAGCUGCACGCUGUUCCCCCAGAACCCCAACCUUCCUCCUCCGUCCACACGUGAGCGCCCCCCCGGCUGUAAGACGGUGUUUGUGGGCGGUCUGCCAGAGAACGCCACAGAGGAGAUCAUCAGGGAGGUGUUUGAUCAGUGCGGAGAGAUCGCCGCCAUCAGGAAGAGCAAAAAGAACUUCUGUCACAUCCGCUUCAGCGAGGAGUUCAUGGUGGACAAAGCCAUCUACCUGUCAGGGUACCGGAUGCGAAUCGGCUCUAGCACUGAUAAAAAAGACUCAGGGAGGAUCCACGUGGACUUCGCUCAGGCCAGAGACGACCUGUAUGAGUGGGAGUGUAAACAACGCCUGCUCGCCAGAGAGGAACGCCACCGACGCAAGAUCCACGAGGACCGCCUCAGACCGCCGUCUCCUCCACCCAUCGUCCACUACACGGAGCACGAGGCAGCACAGCUCGCAGAGAAACUGAAAGAUGAUCAUAAGUUCAGCGAGGCGACAGCGGUUCUUUCCACGUGGAUCGACCGCGGCGAGGUAAACCGUCGUACCGCCAAUCACUUCUACUCCAUGAUCCAGUCAGCCAACAGCCACGUCCGAAGGCUGAUGGGGGAGAAAGCUCAGCACGAGGAGGAGAUGGAGCGAGCCAAGGAGGCGUUCAAGAACGCCAUGAUGGUCAUUCUCACGCAGUUCGAGCAGAUCACCACAGUUUUCAACGCCGCCACCAGACAAAAGGCGUGGGACCAUUUCUCAAAAGCUCAGCGCAAGAACAUAGACAUUUGGAGAAAGCAGUGUGAGGAGCUGAGGAAUGCCCACAGUGAGGAGAUCAUGGGAAUCAGACGGGAGGAGGAGAUGGAGAUGUCUGAUGACGACUCAGAGGAGAAUCCCUGCAAGAGGCCACGCACAGAGAACGGAGUGUGUGACCCAGCAUCUCUGAGGGAGGAGAACGACUCCCUGCGCUGGCAGCUGGACACCUACAGGAAUGAGGUGGAGCUGCUGAGGAAGGACACGAGAGGAGCUGGUCGCCUUGAUGACGACCAUGCUCUGACGCACACGCUGACCAACUCUCAUGGUCACAAUCCAGAGACUCAGAUCCAGCUGCUGCAGCAGAGCAUGCGCAACAUGCAGCAGCAACUGGUGAGUUUGCAGGAGAAGCUGAAGAGUAAAGAGACAGAGCUGGAGCAGGCCAGAGACGAGCAUCGCUACCUGGAGGGGGAGGUGCUUACACUCCGAGACAAGCUGCUGAGUGGUGGAGUGGAGGCUGUGGACGGGACCAACGGAGAGCUGCAUGAGAAGGCUGUGAACGGCUGCGUUCCUGCUGUGUUCCUCAGCAGAGAGAGGAGGACGGAGGUCAUCAUGAGGGGAGGAGUGGCAUCAGAGAAGGAGGCGCUGCUGCUGGGUAUCAUAUCAACCUUCCUCCACGUCCAUCCAUUUGGAGCCAACCUGGAGUAUCUGUGGUCCUACAUCCAGAGACUGGACUCAAAGGUCUCUGCAGCAGAGCUCGAGCGCCUCAUGAUCCGUCUGCCGUCCAUGUUUCGUCAGGAGCUGAGCGGCGUCGGAGCGACUCUGGAGAAACGGUGGAAGUUUUGUGGAUUUGACCGCCUGGGUUCUGCGUGACGAAGGCCGAACACACACACACUCUAAGGACGUGAUUGGACGAUGUGUGUGUGUGUUUGUUGGGUUUUUGCAGGAUGAUGGCGCAGGCUGAAGCUGACACUGGAAACUACAACGUAGUCGUCUCCUGAUGCUGAGAUGGAAUAACGGUUGGAUCUGAUGGAUUUUCUUCACAGUUAAGGCCAAUGGACAGUCAUUCUUCCUCUUCUCUUUCUUACUUUUGGACAGAUCCUGGACCUUGGUUGUCUUUAUGUUGGUUCGCCUGGUUGAAGAAACCAAAUCUGGUUCAAAAGAGGUCUGUUUUUUUAGCAAGCUGCUGAGCUAAACGCCUUUAAUUGAUCACAGCAGGGACUGGAGAAGAGGAGGAGGAUCAAUCAUUCAUCUUUAUUUAUUGAAUUAAACCGCUGAUAAUUGAAGAUUCCAGACUGUUCCUGUUUAAAUCUGGUAACUGCAAAGAUAAAUACAUAUAUCCUGACUAUAUCAGAGUUUAUUACUGUUUCUAUGUCUGAGGAACGACGGGGGAACGAUGGGUGAUGCAGUAGAUCUGGAGGAGAUGAUUAUAAAAAAGAUAAAGACCACGGAUAAAGAGGCUUAAAGAUGUUUCUGAUUUCUGUUAUUGUUGCAAACAGUUUUAUGAUUUCUU